UCCGCAAACCAUUUCCACGAGAAAACGAACAUGGACAGGAUCGGAGACGCAAAUAAACCAAUCGAGGCAAGAAUGGCUGAAGUGCGAGAGGAGAAAAAGGUUGUCCAUGUCCCAAAAGAUGCUUUAAACUCGGGUGUGGACACUUCAGAAUACCUAAAGGAACAACUUUCGCUGGGCUUGGAUUAUAUGUUUAAUUUAUCUACCCCAGUACUUCCGGGGGAUGAAGCUCCACUUUUCGAGGCACCAUCACUGGAGAAAGGUGUUUCUAAAGUCACAAACCUGUCCGAAUUAAAGGGCCGAGUAGUACUGCUUGUGUUCUACCCUAAGGAUAUGAGUAUUGAGAGCGAGGAAACGAUGAACCUGUUGACCGACAUGGCCCUAGCUCCAGAGCUUGAUCUCCAACUGUUGACCAUCUCUACCGACACUAUAGAAACUCAUAGGGCGUGGUCGGAACAACGAGAGGGUGGGACUCCUCCAGUAAUAAUGCUAUCAGAUAAAAACGGACAUAUCGCUCAGAUGUACGGAGUUUUGGACUCCAACAACCAUGUUGCGUUCCAGUCAGUGUUCUUGAUAGACCCUGAGGGCUUGGUACAAGGAAGCAGGGUGGCAGGAAGGGGCGGUCUACAACCCAAUACCGCCUCAGAUAUGCUGGAUUUUAUCAGAGCAGCUUUGAAGCCACAGGAUCAAGUGGAAUAGUUUUAAGAACAGAAUACUUGUAUAAAAUCCAAAAAUAAAUUAUUAUGAUUUUUUUA